AUGACACACUUUGUGCCCAUCAUUGAGGGCUACCCACUGCGCCAGUCGACCAUGCAGAUGGAGGUGGCAGGCCAGGACAUAACCCUGUACCUCAUGCAGCUGCUGUCCCAGAAGGGGACCUCUCUGGUGGGCACAGGCGACCGGGAGUACAUCCGGGACCUGAAAGAGAAGUGCUGCUAUGUGGCUUUGAACUUUGACAAGGAGAAGGCGGCAGCCCCCUUGCUGACCCGGGCAUGGACGCACCAGCUGCCGGACGGCCGGGAGAUCGACCUCGGGCAGGAGAUGUUCCUCUGCAUGGAGGUGCUUUUCCAGCCGGACCUCAUAGGGAGGCACAGCCUGGGCGCCCACAUGCUCGCCUUCCGCAGCGUCAGCUCCUGCAGCGCCAACCAGCAGAGAGCCCUCUUCGGGAGCGUGCUGCUGUCCGGAGGCACCGGCUCCUCCCCCAGCCUGCGGGCCCGCAUGCAGAGGGAGCUGUCCGCCCUGGUGUCCCCGAGGACUAAGGUGAAGGUGUCCACCUGCCCCUGCUCCGUGUACAGUGCCUGGAUGGGCGGCUCCGUGCUGUGCUCACUCUCUACCUUCAAGGACAUGUGGGUCAGCAGUGACGACUACAAGGAAGAGGGCCCCUCUGCCAUCAGUAGGAAGUCCUUCUGA